AGACAUUUAUUUUGAAACGCAGAUGGCAACCCGGAAGUAAAUAAACUUCACGUGUUGGUGCGUGUAAAAAUGUCUACCGGCGUUGCAGCGAAAAGACCCAAAAUUGUGCCCUCUGAGCCCGAGGAGAGGGUGGACUGGAAGAAAAGGAAAGCAGAAAUAAAGCAGGCUCAGAAGCAAAGGAAAGAGGCAAAGCUGAUCAAACAGUUGGAAAAGCAGAAACAGCAAGAGGCCACAGAGAGAGAGAAACUUGAACAAAGCCAAAACAAAAAAGGUCGGGCUUACACAGUGAGUGUGGCCCUGCCAGGUUCGGUCCUGGAUAACGCUCAGUCCACUGAACUUCGUACAUACCUGGCCGGACAAAUCGCCCGAGCCUGUGUCGUGUUCUGUGUUGAUGAGAUUGUUGUGUUUGAUGAACAAGGUGAAGAUGUCAAGAGCGUUGAAGGAGAAUUUAAAGGUGUUGGGAAGAAAGGACAUGCUUGUAUUCAGCUUGCCAGAAUACUUCAGUACCUGGAAUGUCCACAGUAUCUGCGCAAGUGGUUUUUCCCAAAGCAUCAAGAUUUACAGUAUGCAGGUUUGCUUAACCCUUUAGACAGUCCUCACCACAUGAGGAUAGAUGAUGAAUCAGAAUACCGGGAAGGAAUAGUCCUCGACAGGCCGACCAAACAAGGAAAAGGCUCAUUAGUCAACUGUGGAAUGAGAAAGGAUGUUCGCAUUGAUAAACAGCUGCAGUCUGGACUUCGAGUCACAGUACAGCUCAAUAAGACACAGAAUCAAGAGAGCAAAAUAUGUAAAGGUGUGGUGGUGGCUCCUCACGUGCCCAGGACUGAAGGAGGUCUCUACUGGGGUUACAGUGUCCGCCUGGCGUCUUGCCUCAGUGCAGUUUUCACAGAAAGUCCAUAUGAAGGAGGAUACGAUCUGACUAUUGGCACAUCAGAGAGAGGCAGCAACUUGGACCAAACGACACUGUCACCAUUCAAGCAUCUUUUGGUAGUUUUUGGAGGUCUUCAGGGAUUGGAGGCCAGUGUAGAUACUGACCAAAACCUGGAUGUGACUGACCCCAGUGUUUUAUUUGACUUUUACCUCAACACAUGCCCUGGUCAGGGCAGCAGGACCAUUCGCACAGAGGAGGCCAUCUUAGUUUCCAUGGCAGGGCUGAGACAGAAGAUCACAGCUGCCUUUACAGAUGUUUCCAAUGGUUUAGUAAAGAGUUAGUGAUGGAGGAAAGUAAACAAAGACUUGCUGGUAGACAUUUUAUCAUCUAACUGGUGUUCACCAUAAUUGGACCUUUUUAGCAUAGCUUACUGUUAAAACAGCUAUUACCUCAAACAUCACAUCACACACAUCAAUGCAUUGAGUGCAGUCAGCAUGGAUGCCAAUCAAAUGUCUCUUUGUGUUGUUCUUUUGUCUUAAUUAUGUAUGUCUUUGUUUCUAAAUGGAUCAACAAGUUGUACAUAUUUAAAUACAAAUACUAUCCACAGGCUUGAA